AAUCGUAGACGUCACAAAACAGAUCUAUAUUGAAUGUAACUAUUCUGAAAACCUUUUAAAAAUAUAGAAAUUACUUCUUAGUUUUCAUAAUUUAUAAAAAAAAAUAUUGCCUAAAAAUAUUUACUAGAAACUUAUUGCGCAUAUUUAGUUCAUUUUACCUUUGCCUACAUUAAUUGUGAUUUUUUGAUUUCUAUUCAUAAAAUACAAAUAGCUCUCAGAAUAUACGCCUUCGAAAGGAAAGAGACAACGCAUGCGCAGUGCUCUGCGCAUGUCUAUUCGUCAUUCCACAAUUCUCGUUCGCUUUGGCCGACAUCGCGGAAAGAUAUUUUUUCUCAAUCUGUUAAAUUUUGCCAACGAGAUACUGUGCUUAUAGUACAAUAAAAUGCCUAACCAAGUGCUAACUAUCGAACCACAAAAUGAAUUAAAAUUUAAAGUUAAUUUCUCAGGGCUCUUUGAGCAUGGUUGCACAACCUACAUGAGACUAACGAACCCGACAAACGAUACAGUGCUAUUCAAGAUCAAAACAACAGCACCAAAGAAAUAUUGCGUGCGUCCCAAUUCUGGAGUUCUUGCGCCAAAUUCGAAACAAGAAAUCGCAAUUACUCCGCAACCUGUAUAUUUGGACCCCAAUGAAAACCACAAGCAUAAAUUUAUGGUCCAAAGUGUAAUAGCUCCAGAAGGAAAAACCAACAUUGAUCAAGUGUGGAAGGAGAUAAGCCCCGAGCAACUCAUGGACUACAAGCUAAAGUGUGUCUUUGAAACUCCGCGUGGCACUAAUCUUAACGAUUCUGGCGAUAAUGCAGCCCAGAACGAUGUCACCAAGAAAAGAGUUGCAGUCGCAGAAGACGCUAAGCCUGCCGCUAAGGACGCCGUGAAAGAUCUCAUCCAGCAUGAAGAUAAAAAUAAGGAUGAUGAUCACCCUGUUGCAUCAAUAAACCUAAAAACGACUAAUACCAAGUCUGAAAACGUUGAAAGCGAUCUGCAAAAGGCGACUUUAGAAGUAAUACAUUUGAGAGAAGAGGAAAGCAAGUUAAGACAUGAAAACCUGCAAUUAAAAGAGGAGUUACUGCGCUUGCGUCAGUCGGCAGGCGGGGACGGGCGCGUCUCGCGUCCUCACUCUUACGGUCCGGAGAAGUCGACGCAAGUCACGAUUAUGCCGUGGGUCGUCACCGCAAUAUGCAUGGCCAUCAUUGGCAUCAUUAUUGGCAAGUUCUUCAUGUGAACAGCCCCCAGGCCCCGCGGUCACCUGGCAACACCUCACAGAUACCGCUCUUACGACACUCCCGAUGCAUCCCUCUCGCAAGGCAGCUUACGUUUUCGGUCAAUAGUUUCUAUGUGCGGCUCACGAUUUUGGAUGAACUUGGUUUACACAGGAUCCGUGACGCUGUAUUUGUUUUUGUUGUUGUUUUGCUUAAUUACCUGCUUUCUCUGCUUUAAUUUGGAGGGACGUAGAUUUCGUUCUCGGUUGCCGACAAUUUUAUUCAGAUUUGUUUUCGCUAUAUCGGGAUAAUCGUAACAUCACCGAUUAUCGAUUCUUUAUUCAGACUACUAAAUGUUUGAGUGGUGGGUGCCACAGUUUACUUUCUCUAUUAAGAACUUCCAUUCAGCAAUAAACUUUGAAGUAGGCUUAGAAUUAAUGUAUAUUUUGCAUUUUAUUAUGUCCGAUCAAGAUAUGUAAUUGCUCUUGGAUUCUUUAAAAUAAUAAACAUUUAAAGUGUUCACCAGAAUGAUUACUUGUGAAGUGAACAUGAAUAUUUAAACUUCAUCGUGAUAUAGUCAUCAGCAUCCACGAAGCUAUAGCGCACGGGUUUAGUAUGAAUAGAGAUCUAGAACCAGCUUGUAAACGUGUCGAAAUUUCUUAUUUAAUUUUUUUUUUUUAAAUAAUAUAAUAAAAGUUUCAACUUUUUAACAGCGUCUCAUGUCUUUUAUAAUACGAGUUAACACAAUUGAAAAAGUUUGUACUGUGACGUCACAAUUCUUAUUGUACGAACGUAUUCAUUUUUAAUUGUGUUUUGUUCACGUUGUUAUAAACUAUACAUUCUAUUAUUAUCGUUACACCUGUCAUAACUUCCAGCACGAAUGUAAUACUUAUAGUAACAUUGUUAUAAUAAUGAAAUAUAUAUUUAAACAUAAAUAAACGGUAUAUAUUUGUUAGCAGCACGUAAAUACAAUUUAGUCAUUUUGUAUAUCGUGUUUCGGGAUUAUAUUUACAAUAUUGUAGAGAUCAUUUAGCGGAACACGUGCCUAGUGAAGUGAUACCAUGUAAACUUUAUCUAAUUCGAUUUAAAAUUACCACAUACACACGUGUCGGGUUGAACUUACAAACUGGAGUAAUUAAAUUUUAAAUAGUUGUUUUCGACCUAAAUUAUAAGAUAUUCCGUUUCGAUGUGUUUAAUUCUUAACCAGAUCUAGUUGUAUCUGAUCUCAUAUUAUUAUUAUUAUUCUAAAUGCAAUAAUUAAUAUAAGAUGGUAAACAUUAUAUUAUCUAAAGCACUCCAGUUGUAUGUGUCUGCAAAGAAAUAUUUCAAAAAUCAUUUUCAAUCUGUUUUUUUUUUUUCGAUUCGUGAUCCGUUGAAAACUGUAGCUGUGUUGUAUUAUUAUAUUUUGUAAUGUAUUAUGGACGAAAUUAUUUUACUAUUGUUAAUCUUCACAGUGCCUCGGGACGAUACCAUCUGGUGAUGCGAUAAUAAAGAUAAAAAAUAUUAAUAAUGAAUAGAUAAAACUUAAUUAUAUUAAGUGUGAGAACAUAAAUUAAGCUUCCUUAGAUUGGAAAUAUUAUUGUCAGUUUAAAAUCAGUAUUCACGAAAUUGUGUAUUAGCUAUUGGGUGGGUGCCUCAUUAAAAACUAGCUUAGUACUAAUUUAAUCUCUGAAACAUUAAAUUCUAUGGCGUUUAGCAUUUCUAUUGUAAAACAUAAUAAAAAUAUUGACCUUUCUAUUAAAUUAGUUAAACAAAAAAGUUUCGUUAUUUGAGUGUUUUGACUAAAUUAAAAUAGGUAAGGUUCUGUUAUACGUUUUCAAAUUUAUAAACUCUUCCAUCGUAUAAAAGAAGACGUUUAUGAAAACAAGUUGACUGCAAGCAUGCUUUGUAUCGAAAGCCGAUUUCAGUUUCAGUCGUAUUUUCUAAGAGUUGCGAAAUUUAUUUACUCGUGGUUGCCCAUUCUGUGGCGCGACCUGCUGACCCAUAGCAGUUUUAUUAAACGGUAAUGCGUUUCGUUUUAUUCAAAGGCUCUUGUCUACUCUUAUCUCUGGUCUUCGGUGAUAUGAAGCCCCACAAGCCAUUACGCUGCUUUGCCACAGAACUGUCUGCGAGGUGUUGUCUUUUGUCCGAUAACGAUAAAUAAUACAAGAGUAUGCAAUGAUGUUAACACGCUAACUUCCGUGUAGGUCACCGGUGCCCUACGCGACGCACUCAAGUAAUUAUUUUGAUUUCUGUUACUAAGCGUCUGGAUUGCCUAACUUUGCGUUCUUUUGUUUUUAAUGCAAUUUUUUGUCUUUUAGGCCUCUUAGGAAUAGAUUCAUUUUUAAAAUCUUCAGAUUCGUCUUUCCCAGAGUCUACUAGAUAUUCCGGCGUCUUAGUAAUAAGAUCGAAGAGAAAAAUCGACAUAAUUACUUGAGGGCGCCGUGUAGGGCACCGAUGACCUACAUUGCAGUCAACGUGUUAAUGAACGAAGACUUAAUAAGCAAUUUAGGCAGCUUCGAAUGCUGUGCUUUUUUAAGUUAGGUCACUCCUCUCGAUCGAUUUUGUUCAAUCAAAUUGCUUUCUGACAAUGUGUAAGAAAUGUUCGGAUGCUCUCGGAGUAUGUAUGCGUAAAUUUCUGAAUAGCCCAGAGCCAUGACUCGACGGCGCAUCUCAAAUUUGCUGAUGCCAUUGUAGCUUAAAAGAGCUACGCCAAGUGAAGUGUUAACAGAUGAAAAUAAAACUGCCAUAGUCCGUUAAUUGACGUUGAAAAACUAAAAAGUUGACUCAAUAAUAGGAAAAUAUACUAAUAGAAAAUCGACCGAAGCAGAAAUAAAUGCUCUGAAUAAAAUGUUUUUAGUGAAUUUAAUUUCAUGUCAAAACACUAUUAUAUAACUACUACAUGUUAAUUGACCAUAAAUUCUCUUAGUUAAAUAGCAACAGAAAUUUGCCAUUUGUAAGAUAUAAAACUGUGAAAAAAUUAAAUGGCUCUACGCAAAGGCCUUAAGCAACCAUAAAACUUAAUUUCAGGUUCAUCAACCUAAUUUCAAAGUCGAAUUGUUUCACAACAUUAUUUUUAAAGCGUGUCACCCCGAAUUAAUGUUUCAUAGAUGUUACUCUAGCCGAUUACUCAAUGUAAAUGUUUCGAUUACAUUUGUUAAUAAAAUAUGCACACGAGUUAUUAUAAGUAAUGAAGACAACGUAAUUUUCUUAGAGUUAAAAUUAAAAUUUCAGACCUGUUAUUAUUGGGCUUUUAUAAUAUUACAUGAAAAGUCGUAAAUUUUGUACAUUGGUCGUUGCUUGUAUUAACAAAUUGUAUUGGAACAUGUUUACUUGCGGAAUUUUAAAACAACCACAACGAAACAUUGUAAGUUAGUCGUAACGAUAAUAUUAGCGACUCUUAAAUUCGAAAUUGUAGAUUUUUGUAAAGUAUUGUUUUAUUAUCUUGCGAGAGUUUGAACGUAUUUUCUACUUUUACAGAUUAAUGCAGCAAUAUUGAUCUUAAGAAGUUUUUAUUGUAUAACAUAAUUAGAAUGUGCCGGGAGUGAUUAAUAGGCAGUGAGUGAGGAGACGCUUUCAACAUUUUCUAUAGGGUUUUAACGCGGCCAGUCUGGCUUUAGCUGAGCCUUAAAAUAAUGUGUACAUGCUAUCAAAACGUACCUGUUUAGCAUUAGUUCGCAAUCAAUGAUUUAAAAAUUAUCUGAUUUUAGUUGGAUUGAAAGCUCAGCUAAUAAAUAAUAACAUACAUAUUAUUAUAUAUGUGAAGAGAGGUUUACGAAUAUAUAAGAAAUUACAUUGUAACUUGAGCGUGGUUUGUUUGUCAUUUUUCAUAGCACAUUUUUAUAGUAGUUUACUUCAAAUAUAUUUAGAAAAUUUCACUGCAUUUUUAAUUUACUUUCCAAGUGGUGGUUUGAUUGUAAUCAAAAGAAUUGUAUGUUUCUCGUUUCCUCGGUCUUGUUAAAUACGUGUUGUUAAAACCCAUUGACAUUAUAUGAAGCUAAGAGUGAAACCGCGGGUGCGAGUGCAAAUUUGUCUCUCACUGAUUGCUGUUUUCUUACGCAGUUUAAACAUUCGUUCCGUGUGAAAAAUUGGGAAACGGCGUUAUAGCAUCUCUAUAAAUUAUCGUUCGCCUGUGAUUAUAAAAACUUGAAGGAUAACUAUGUAAUUUUGGUGUUUUCUUUGGUCUAACCUUUUUUUUCUCACUGAACAAUCUGCAUCUAUAACAUCUUGGAUUUCACUCAAUCCUAAAAUCGCAUCUUAACGUUGGAAAUAUCUAUUUCAUCAUUUAUGCUUUGUAACAUUUAAUUUAUUUUUAGGAUUUGAUGAUGGCCGUAUGCGCCAUCCUCUGUACUAGUUUUAUUUAAUUUAACAAUAUGAAAUUUAAAUUUUCCUGACGAUAUUGUUGUUAUAUUUAAACUAUUAUGCUGUAUUGUAUAGUUUUUUCUGAAUAAAAGACUUAAUUUA